AUGACAGCUGUCAAUCUGAAUACGGGAAGAUCUGAAGAUAGUGAGACUCUUCUUUCAAAGGAUACGAAUCCAACUUCGACCGCAGAACAAAGCAAGAAUGACAACAGGUCAUCCACCGGUGAUGAUGAUUAUGACGCCCUCUCGGGAUGGGAUGGCUCGGAUAACUCUGAUGAAGACGAGGAGAAGGUCAAGUCAGAGGGAUCUCAAAGGGCUGAUUCGAACUCCAAGCUUGAGAACACAACAGAGCAGGGUGAAGCAAAUACCACUCAUAUUCAUGAACUUUCCGCAAAUGAUCUUGGGGCUCAAAGAAUUCUUGCCUUUCACAGGGCCCAUCAUGAAGAGGAAGGUUCCAAACUACCAUUAUCAAUGUAUAUUGAUGAUCAUUCAAACCAUGAUCCAGACGGCUGCUAUGUCUCACAGGUUCUACAAGGGUACACCGAAGAAAGUAGGGAAGCGGAUGAAAAGUUAAGAAAACUUGAUGAGAAAUGUUCUAGGUUGGGAUCUAGGCUCCAGGUUCCGGUCGGCGGAUAUGUUGAUUGGGUCAAGAACAUAGCUUAUCAAGAAGGCCUGAGCGAAGGGAUGAAGCGCUGA